AUGGCUACUACUUCGAAUACAGCAUCGUCAGCUUCGUGGGACAAUGUGAAUGGUCCCGAUUCUCCACCAGUCGUGGGUGAUUGCAACAUUCAUCAACCGCAACAUCAGCAUGUGGAGGAAGAAGACGAAGAGCGAUGUCGAAAUUGUGCCUCUACCAAUCUUCUUACGGAUUGGAAACAAGGAGAUCGCGUUUGUACUGACUGUGGCGUUGUGGCGGAAGAGCGAUUAAGAGAUGAUCGGCCUGAAUGGAAGGAUUUUAACGACGCCGAGGAUUUGGUAAAAAAAGGAUCCACUUCGGUAGCCAACAGCAGUGCUCGGUCUGGAAUGGUGGCAGUCGACGAAAGCAAAUACAUUGGUGGACUUCAACCCACCACCUUGUCGAAGCUACCCUUUGGAGGAAGCACUUCGGGUGGCUAUGGGUUGGCCAAGAUACAACGAAGAUUACGAACGACGAAUCGACGAUUGGACAUGCUCAUGGAAAAGCAACACAAGCAUGAGUUGAAGGAUGCCAAGAUGGAACGGGAAAUCCAUACCAAAAAGGACAAGCAUAAUCAUCCCGAGCGAUAUCAUGUACUUCACGAAGAACAUGACGAAGACGAUGCUGGGAUUGCACAAAGGCAUGCGGCCCUGCACAAUGAAAAGUGGUCCUUGGACCGGGCCAUGUUGCUUUAUGGAAAUGAUCAAGAGGAAUCAACCUCGUCCUCUGCAGAAGACAGAGAAGAAUUGAAAAGUCGAUUGGACCUUUCCUUGCAAACGGCAUCUCGAGACUUGUACAAUGCGUACACGAAUACCACCUUGGCCAUUCAAGAUUUGGACUUGCCCGACAAGGUUCGACAAGAAAUUAUACAUCGUCUCGUCCGCUAUGCUAUCCAACGAGACGGUUUGACCGUCAAGGGAGUUUCCAAUAGGCUAUCCAAAAAGGAAGCAAGUGGUUCCUCCAACAUGUUACGACAUUCGGCUUCGGAACGAAAAAAGUUAAAUGAUCGACUCAAGGAUUACAACAAGAGAAAACAAUCGAGUGCCUUGGGGGCUGCUCUCAUUCAUCUCACUGCAAAAAGCAUGGGACAUCCGCGUGCAAUUGCCAAAAUUUGUGCUUGUUUCUUACCACCACCCGAAUCUACUGUUGGAAUGGACCACGAGCAAGUCAAGAAAGCGACAUUUGUCAAGGGAAAACACUGUUCCAAGGCCAUUAAUGAAAUCAAGGCUACUUUCCCAGAAUACGUAGAAGCUGCGGCCAAAGCUGGAGCUAAUAUUGGGUCAUCAUUACAAGUACCAGAAAUACCCGACACGAUUUGGUCGCCCAAAGUGGCUGGUGCUAUCGCUACUACUAAAACGACCACAAGAAGUGCUCUUGCUGAUCCGCACAUUUCCGAGUCGGUGGACAAUUUUGCUCAUCAUUUUCUAAAGACUUUGCAGUUGCCACCAGUGGCUGAAGCGUCGAUCCAGACCUUGUUGCUACAGUGUCGGAAGGAACAGAUUCAACUUGGAAAAUACAGUGGGGUUGACAUGUCGACCAUGUGUGCAGCCAUUACUUACUUUGUGUGUUCCACGGGAUCCAUUAUGCAAAACUUGGCCCAACAAGUCCAACAGGAAGAACCACCAGAAACAGCAAAAACUGACACGAAAGAGGGAGGAAAGAAGAAGAGAAAGUCAUCCGCGUCGGAUACCAUCAGCUCUGCUGCAAAAAGAACGAAACGCUCCGGUAAGAACAACGACGAUGGCUCUUCUUCGGACGACGACAGCCUUGGAGGAUUUAAUCUGGACUCGCUGGUUGGGACGAAACCAACCAAGCAAGAAGAGGAAGAUGACGAAGAGCCGUUCGACGUCUUCUCGCAUGCACCCAUUGUCGAAGACCAGUCUGAAAAACAACGGUACGAAAUGCGGCGCAUGUGGGAUGCCUGGAAGGAACAAAUGCCCUGGGCUAGAUCGCCUGUUGGAAUUGAGCAAUCUUGUGGAGUCGCCCGCAACAAGCUUACAGACUUUUAUAGCACAGAGUUGUAUCCACAACGAGAUCGACUUUUGGAAAAACUGAGGGAGAGUGCUUCCGAUGAAGGAGGCGAAGCUGGCGUUUUGCAAAGCACCCCAAUGGCUAGGACGCUUCUUAGUGUCGUAAGCACUGCCGCCUCCUUGAUGACUUCUAAAUAG